AUGCCCCGCUCCGACGAAACCGAGUUCUGGAUCAACGCGGUGUACGCCGCCGUGCAAGAGAUCCCGAUUGGAAAGGUGACUUCAUACGGCCAUAUUGCGCUCUUGUUGGGUCAACCCCAACGUCCCCGCCAAGUAGGAAUAAGUCUAAAGCACCUCCCCUCGGACCCAACCCAACACUUCAACUCUGGGAACGUGCCGUGGCAACGCGUCGUAAAUGCCAAAGGCAUGAUCUCGCAUCGGGAACCCGGGAGCGCAGAACGGCAAGCGGAAGUAUUACGCGAAGAAGGCGUAGAGGUGGAGACGGACAGUAUGGGGGAGUUUUAUAUCGAUAUGGGUCGGUACGGGUGGUUUCCUGCACAGUUGCCGAGUGAGGAGGGGUUGGAUGAUGAUGAUGACAACGAUGACGACGAUGACGACGAUGACGGCGACGACGAACAUAAUAACCGCAGAGAAUUCCCGAAAGAGAACUCUGUCAUUGUAUCAUCUUAUCGCCAUGACACCCCCACACCGGAUCCCAUGCUCGGUGGCUCGUAA